GACAUAGGCCUAAUCCUCUGGUUCAGGUCUGGCCACCAUCACCCAGAUGUGGCAACUGUUUGCAGAGCAGUGGGAGUGAGCUGUUGGAGUGGGUGGGAGUCAUAUGAGCUGGAAUUGUUUACCUCAAAUCGCUCCAGUUCUGGGUGAUUCAGGUCCGCCACGAUGCUGCUGAAAACAUUUUGUGCACUUUGGGCCAUUUCAAAUGUCAUUUCUGCCGCUGCACCUGGUGCUUGACCAGAGCAAGGCGCGCCAACAGCGGCUACUUCGAGGAGGUGAAACAGGGCAACAUCGAGCGCGAGUGUGUCGAGGAAAUUUGUAACUAUGAAGAGGCUCGGGAAGUUUUCGAGGACGACGCCCAAACGGUGCAAUUUUGUAGUAAUUUCACUUGGUGAAAUAUUUGCUAUUACUUUGAUUGAAGCAGUAUUUUAUUUUAUUUGAAUGAAAUAUUUAGCAAUGUGUUGAUAAAAGGAUAUUAGAAGGGUGAGCCGGUUAAGGAUCGAUUCAGACCAGGGGCCUGUUGCACAAAAGUAGAAUUAAGACAUCCGGGAUAAAUGACUCAGCUGAGCUCAAUGAAGCCAAAACAUGUGCGUCCAGGCUUAAUUGGUUGCACAAAGACCAAGCCAGGAUGAGCAGACACGGAUUCAUUAAGCCAGGUGAAACCAAUCCUGGAUAGGUGCGCGCUCACGGCUCACUCAAAUAGACCCCGCCACAGAUCACAUAUUAACUGAUUUACCAUGGCAACUAGAGCCGCGUACUUUUCCCCGUCGGAAGCACAAAUCCUCAUGGAGGCAUACGAGGAGGUAAAAGAUAUAAUUAAGAAGAAAGGCAACACCGCCACAGUGAUAAAGCAAAGAGAAAAAGCGUGGCAAAGUAUUGCAGACCGCCUGAAUGCAUUAAACAUGAACGGGCCAAAACGGAUAUGGCAGCAGGUCAAAAUCAAAUACAAGAACAUUCUGCAGAAUGCAGUGAAAAAGAAUACCCACAGACAAGGCACGGGUGGUGGGUCACCAAAGGCUGACCUUACCCCAGCAGAGGACAUGGCCUUGGAGCUAAAUAAAGGCAGGCCCGUCUUAGAGGGGAUCCCUGCGGGGAAAGAGACGAGCAUAGGUUCCUCCCAAGAUGCCACCCGCUUCAUUCAAGUGCCUGGCAGCACUGUGUUCCUGUUAGAGCCACCAGCACAAGCACCAGACGAUGCUGAUCCAGGUGAAGGCCCCAGUGCAGCAGCAACAGCACAUGAUGGAGACGAUGAUGAGGAGGAGACCAUCUCUCUGGAUUCCAGAAGGCAUGAGGACCCAGAUGCUAUACAGUGGGAAAACCAGCCUGGCAACAUAAGCUCACAAGCUAUCAGAAAGUUGUAUGGCAACCACCUCCGGCGCCAAAUAGAACUGGCAGACAUAGACAUUCAGUACAAGAAGAAAAAGAUGGAAAAUCUUGCACUGGAGUCCGAAAUAAGAGGACAAUUAGGAAACUGGACCUUGAAAUAAAAAAACUUGAGAGGGAGCUCCAAGAAGAUGACACAGCUCAAAAUAAAAAUUAGGUAUAUUCUCGUAAAGUCAAGUGAGCCAUGACAUAUGAGCUCUUAUUGUGAGCACACAGGACGGUGGCAUCUUUCUAAGUUUUUUUUUAUUUUCCCAGCAAUCAGUACAACCAAGUCAUCGUUAUAAGGCAUCGCCCUCUUUUGCCCACCCCCCCAGCACCAGGUGUGGCCACUAGCCUAUAUGAAGGCCCAAAAUUGUGUGUUCCUUUCUGCUCUGACAAUGGCAUGCCCAUUCGUGCGAGAUGUGGUGGAUGAAGAAGCACUUGUGCUGAGGAGAGCCUUCAGGCGAGAAAGGGUCUUCAGGGACCGGUUGGACCCACUGGCCUUCCCUGAUGACCAUCUAUAUGAAAGAUACAGGUUUUCUGCAGAUGGCAUCAGGUAUCUAUGCAGACUACUGGGUCCCAGGAUUAAGCACCGCACUGCACGGAGCCAUGCACUGAGUGUGGAGCAAAUGGUUUGUGUGGCCUUGCGCUUUUUUUGCUAGUG